AUGUUAAUCGUUCAUCAUCUUGGUAUUUCACAAUCGGAACGAAUUGUUUGGUUAUGUGAAGAACUUGAAAUUCCCUAUCAACUUGUUCGUUAUGAUCGUGAUCCGGAAACACGUCUUGCACCAGCAGAAUACAAAGCACUGCAUCCAUUUGGAACAGCUCCUGUUAUUGUCGAUGGAGAUGUUUUAUUAGCAGAAUCCGGUGCUAUUGUUGAUUAUAUUAUUGCCAAAUAUGGUAAUAAUCGUUUCACAUUAAAAGCUGAUCAUCCAAAUUUUGCUGACUAUCUAUUCUGGUAUCAUUUUGCAAAUGGUUCAAUGGUGCCAGCUAUGCUUGUCGAUUUAGUUGCUAACUUACUAGCGAAAGAUAUGCAAAGUGAAAAUCCUGUAGUCAAUACAUUGCGACAACGUACUAUUCGAUCAAUGGAUCUAGCAGAAAAGCAUUUAAGCACAAAUGAAUAUUUUGCGGGAAGUGAAUUUACUUCUGCAGACAUUAUGAUGGUUUUUCCAUUAACAACUAUGCGUGCCUUUUCAAAACUCGAUUUAGGUUCCUACCCUAAUAUACGUGCUUAUUUAAAACGAAUUGGUGCACGUUCUGGUUAUCAACGUGCUAUGAAAAAGGGAGAUCCAGAUUUUACACCACUAUUGGAUUAA